AGAGGAGAGCGCAGUUGCGAGAGCUGUGUACACGAGGAUGAAACUAUACAAGUACAAGUACACGAGUCGUUUGGUAAAGUCGCCGGCCUGUCGGAGGACGAGCUCGAAGACGCAGGCGUGCUCGCCCAAGAGAUGCGCGACGUGCUGCCGGACGCGGUCAAGGAGACGGAGGACCUGGAGCUAGCCGACGGUCAUCGAGUAGACAAGUUCCUCGUCGUUAACAAG